CAUGGUUAACUCCCCCAGGGAAGGAAAAGUGGCUAGGCCUCCGGACUUUACGCAGCUGAUUGACUUGGCCUCUGAGUUUGUAGGAGGAAAGAUUUUAUUUGCAACAGAUGACUUUUUUGCUCCUGCUGAAAAUCUUCUAAAGAAGGACAACCCAAGAUUUAAGGAACGUGAGUACGCCGAGUUUGGGAAGUGGAUGGCCGGAUGGCAGACCAGAAGGAAAAGGAUCCCAGGUCACGACUGGUGCGUGGUCCAGCUGGGCAUCCAGGGUGUUAUCCGGGGCUUCGACGUGGACACGUCCUACUUCACGGGAGAUCAUGCCCCUCGAGUGUUGAUUCAAGCGGCAAACUUCGAAGAAGAUAAGCAGCCAGAAAUCCCACAACGAGAAGUCAGGACAGGAACUGCGGCCACCCCUGAGGAGUUUGAAGCCAUUUCGGAGCUGAAGUCCGACGACUGGAGUUGCUUGGUUCCCGUGACAGAAGUUAAACCGGGAAAUCCUGCUUCCAGCCACAACUAUUUUCCGGUCAAUUCCCAGCAGAGGUGGAGUCACAUACGACUCAACAUUUUCCCAGAUGGUGGAAUUUCACGUCUUAGGGUAUACGGUACUGGACAAAAAGACUGGACUGCAGGUGACCCCAAAGAACCAUUAGACCUGGUGAUGAUCGCGUAUGGGGGUGCCUGUGUAGGAUUUAGCAAUGCACAUUUUGGGCACCCGAACAACAUAAUAGGAGUCGGCACGGCGAAGUUGAUGGCAGACGGCUAGGAAACAGCCCGGAGGCUGGACAGGCCCCCGAUACUGGAGAAUGAUGAGAACGGUAUUCUCCUGGUUCCAGGCUGUGAGUGGGCAUUUUUCUGAUUGGCUCAUCCUGGAGUAAUAACUCAAAUUGAAAUUGAUACAAAGUAUUUCAAAGGUAAUUCUCCGGAGAGCUGCAAGGUGGACGGCUGCAUCCUGACGACGCAGGAGGAGGAAGACAUGGUCAGGCAGAAGUGGGACCUUCCGGGCCAUAAGUGGAAGCCACUGCUUCCGGUCACAAAGCUGAAGCCCAAUGAGAUGCAUGUGCUGGACAGCCUGACCCCCGAACUGCAGGACGAUACCCACGCCAAGCUCACCAUCACCCCCGACGGGGGCGUGAGCCGCCUCCCGCCCAAGGGCUUCCCCAGCUCUAUCUGCCUCCUGCGGCCCGGCGAGAAGCCCGUGAUGAGGCUCUCGGUGAAGACGGACUUCAGGGCGAACCUCUAACCCACAAAACCCCGGCGACUGAAAAGUGACUCAGACUCUUCUGAAGUGUGCUCAACACGUGAAACUUAAGUUUCUAGCAAUUAGUGUUUCGAAGGUCAAUACAAUUCCUGAUGAUUUAAUAAAGGGGUCAC